UCCUAUAUAUACAUCAUCUACAUUUACAUUCUCUUGUAAUUUCACUCUCUCCAUUCUUCUUCUCUUUCUUCUUUUUCCCCAAAACACACUUCAAUUCCCCAGUCCUUUUUGGCCCAUUAUUCCUCUCUGAUUUGCUGCAGAAACAGAACACAACAGAAAAUCAGAUAUAUUCCCUUUAGUCAUCAGUAUAGUACAAUUAAAUAACCACCAUUCUUGAUUUGUGCAAAACUAACCACAAUCUGUUGUGUCAAAACUGACCAAAAAAGAUGAUAUCUUGGCACGAUCUUUAUGUUGUCUUGACAGCAGUUGUUCCUCUAUAUGUGGCCAUGAUCUUGGCCUAUGGUUCAGUCCGAUGGUGGAAAAUAUUCUCCCCUGAUCAAUGCUCCGGCAUCAACCGUUUCGUCGCUAUUUUCGCCGUCCCUUUAUUGUCCUUCCACUUCAUUUCAAUGAACAAUCCUUAUGAUAUGAACUUCCGUUUCAUUGCUGCUGAUACACUACAAAAAAUCAUCAUGUUAGUAGUGUUAUGUUUAUGGGCUAACUUGACCAAAAAUGGUAGUCUUGAAUGGAGCAUAACAAUUUUCUCACUUUCAACACUUCCUAAUACACUUGUAAUGGGAAUUCCUUUAUUAAUUGCUAUGUAUGGUGAGUACUCAGGUAGUUUAAUGGUACAAGUUGUGGUGUUACAAUGUAUUAUUUGGUACACCCUUUUGCUAUUCUUGUUCGAAUAUCGCGGCGCAAAGAUGUUGAUCAUGGAACAAUUCCCUGAAACAGCAGGAGAAAUUGUUUCAUUGAAAGUUGAAUCUGAUGUUGUUUCCUUAGAUGGCCAAGAUUUUCUUGAAACAGAUGCUGAAAUUGGCCAAGAUGGUAAACUUCAUGUCACUGUACGAAAAUCGAAUGUGUCAAGAAGGUCAUUUGCUAUGACACCAAGACCAUCAAAUCUGACUGGAGCUGAAAUUUAUAGCUUAAGUUCAUCAAGAAAUCCAACUCCAAGAGGGUCUAAUUUCAAUCACACCGAUUUUUACGCGAUGAUGGGUUUUCCAGGAAGGUUAUCAAAUUUUGGUCCCGCGGAUACAACUCCUAGACCAUCUAAUUUCGAAGAAACCUGUGCUCAGGGAGCUCUGACUCAGAGCUCCCCGAGAUUCGGGUUUUACCCUGCACAGUCUAAUUUGCCGGCUUCUUAUCCGGCCCCAAAUCCGGAAAUUGCUUCUAUAGUUCCUAAAAACACGAAAAUUCAGCAACAAGUACAUUUACAGCAACAGCAGAAUGGUAGGGCUAGCCAUGAUGCUAAGGAGCUCCAUAUGUUUGUCUGGAGCUCCAGUGCUUCACCCGUGUCGGAGGCCGCUGGCCUCCACGUGUUUGGUGGCACUGAUUUUGGUGCUAAUGAACAAUCUUGUCGGUCUGACGGUGCCAAAGAAAUUAGAAUGUUGGUUUCUGAUCACCCUCAAAAUGGAGAUAACAAAGCUAUUUCCCAAGAUAGUGACUUUGGUGGUGAAGAAUUCAGUUUUGGAGGUGUUAUUGGUGAUGGGAAGGAUAGAGAUGAAAAAAAGGAAGAGAAAGAGGGUCUCACCGGAUUACAUACCAAGGCUGCCGGAGUUCAAGAUUCCGGUGCCGGAAAACAAAUGCCUCCGGCCAGUGUUAUGACACGUUUGAUUUUAAUCAUGGUUUGGCGCAAGCUUAUCCGAAACCCGAAUACGUACUCGAGCCUUAUUGGUCUAAUUUGGUCCCUAAUCUCGUAUCGGUGGCAUGUGCAUAUGCCCAAAAUCAUGGAGAAGUCAAUCUCUAUUCUCUCUGACGCUGGUCUUGGAAUGGCUAUGUUUAGUUUAGGUUUAUUUAUGGCACUUCAACCUAAGAUAAUUGCAUGUGGGAACACAGUGGCUGCUUUCGCCAUGGCUGUGAGAUUUCUCACUGGCCCAGCAGUUAUGGCUGCAGCUUCAAUUAUCGUUGGCCUUCGUGGUACGCUCCUACAUGUCGCCAUUGUACAGGCUGCAUUGCCACAAGGGAUUGUUCCGUUUGUGUUUGCUAAGGAGUACAAUGUUCAUCCAGCUAUUCUUAGCACUGCGGUUAUUUUUGGAAUGUUGAUAGCAUUACCAAUCACAUUAGUCUACUACAUUAUCCUGGGAUUAUAAGAUAAUUAAGGAUCAAGCACCAAAUCUCCUGAUUGUUGAAGUCUGCGAUUGUGUUGUUUAUAUUAUAUGCAAGUGAUUCCAGCCUUUUUGCUGUCGCUAAUAGCCAUCUGCAUGAUGAACCGGGUCUUCGGGUGUUUUGACACAAGUGGGAAAAAUAAAUAGCUGAGGAAAUGGAAUAAUAUUGUGCAUAAAAGCUUAGUGGACAUCAAUUACUUACUGACAAGAGAAGUGGUUUUUGGUUAAUUAGAAGAGUUCAUUUCAUGGCAAUUAGAACAUGUUUGGCUUAAUUAGUCUGGAACCCUGAUAUUUGCCUCCAUCUGAAGGGAACAACUCAUCAAAAAAUUCAAAAAUGAAGGAAAAACAAAUUGGGAUUAGUCUAGUUGGAAGGGGACAAGAAGGCACCAAACAUGCUAUGAUAAUAGUCUUGUUUCUCUUCAUAACCAUUUCACAUGUAAAAAAAGAAUCACUCCAAAACAAUUCAUAUGUACAAUUGAGGUUGAUUUUGAGCUUUUGAUUUUUUAAUGCUGAGCAAUGGUAGAUUUUUAAUUUUUAGUUUUAACUUGUUCUUUUUUAAUCUUUAUUGAAUUCCUUUGCGUCGGUUUAUUGUAAGUCAUUAAAUAGUAACAUAUUUUGUUCA